AUGGCAAUGGCACAAAAAAGGCCUAGAAUUAAUUGGAAACAAAUAGAAGGUGUGGAAAAAACAUUCCUUGAAGCUUGUAUUCAUGAAAUUACAACUUACGGACGUGAAGGGAGUAGUUUAAAAGCAAGCUCAUGGAAGAAUGUAGCUGAAAGAUUGAAAACAGAAUACAAUUUUGUAGUUGAUCAAAAGCAAAUGAAAAACAGAUACGACUACCUAAAAGCAAAGUUUGGUGCUUGGUUGAAAUUAAAAAACAAAACAGGCAACGUUUAUAACCCUAUAACUAACACGUUUAACAUGGAAGAAGACGAAUGGCAACUAGAGAUCAAGUUGAACAAAAUGGUAGAAACAUUGAGAACUUCUCCACUAGUGUACCCUGAUCUUUGUGUUCAGUUGUUCGAUGGGUCGGCUGGCUGCAACUGGCAUUCAUGGAUGGGGGCCAUCUUCUACACUUCCUCACCCUUCUCAUGA